UGUACUCAGUCCCUCAAACCCAAAGGUCCUCGAUCACGUUUUCUCCGAUAGAACUAAGUCCUACUUUGAUAUAUACAAUGAAGCUCUUUGUAGCCAUACUCGUGUAUUCUUUGGCAAUGUCAAGCAGCUUUGCAUUUGAUCCUAGUCCACUUCAGGACAUUUGUGUGGCUGUAGAUGAGCCCAAAAAUGCUGUAUUUGUGAACGGGAAAUUCUGCAAGAACCCGAACCUUACAGUUGCUGAUGAUUUCCUCUUCCAAGGGAUCAACAUUCCCCGGGAUACCAACAACAACGUUGGGUCCUUUGUGACUACUGUUGCUGUUGACCAGCUCCCGGGUCUUAACACUCUAGGGAUCUCUUUGGCCCGCAUUGACUAUGCCCCUUACGGCGGCCUGAACCCACCUCACAUCCACCCUCGUGCAACUGAGGUCAUCAUGUGCGUAGAGGGCGAGCUCUAUGUUGGGUUCGUCUUGUCAAACCAGCUCGGAAACAGGCUCGUCACCAAAGUCCUGAAGCCUGGAGAUGUGUUCGUCUUCCCAUUCGCGAUGAUUCACUUCCAACUCAACAUAGGGAAGACCGCCGCAGUCGCAAUCUCAAGCUUGAGCAGCCAGAAUCCUGGUGUCAUAACGGUUGCUAAUGCCGUGUUCGGAUCUAAGCCACCGAUUAACCCGGAUGUCUUGACCAAGGCUUUCCAGGUGGACAAGAAAGUUAUAGAUAAUCUCCAAUCUCAAUUUUGGUACAACAACAACAGUUAAAACCAAAUAAGGGAGUGAAAGAGGAUAGUUUAUAUCCAUCGAAUAAAACCGAGGCAUGGGAGUUUGUUUCCUUUGUUCAUGGUUAAAAUAUAUUCGAUAUGUGUUCGUAUGAGGUGGAACCGUUCUAUGUUUCUUAUAAUUAAAUGUUCGUAUACUAAGGUGGAAACGUGGUAUGUCUUUCUAAAUAAAAUUAAUGAUAUGUUUCAUCGAUGCUGUUUCUUGUUA